CUUCCGGCGUGUGUCCUUAAGGGGGCGUCCGGGCGGCUGCUGCGGAUCCCAGGCAACGGGUUCCAGCCUCUUUGCUGCAUAGACUACAGCGGUGAUGGCGGGCAGACAGUUGGGCUGGAGACGGGCGGAUCUUCUCCAGCUCCUUCUUGGCGUGAACUUGCUGGUGAUGCCACUCACCCAGGCCCGCAGUCUGCGCUUCGUUACCUUGGUGUACCGACAUGGAGACCGUUCGCCAGUGAAUACAUAUCCCAAGGACCCUUAUCAGGAAGACAAAUGGCCCCAGGGAUUUGGUCAGCUAACCAAGGAGGGGAUGCUACAGCACUGGGAGCUGGGCCACGCUCUGCGGCAGCGCUACCAUGGGUUCCUCAAUGCCUCUUACCACCGGCAAGAGGUUUAUGUGCGAAGCACAGACUUUGACCGCACUCUCAUGAGUGCUGAGGCCAAUCUGGCUGGACUCUUCCCUCCCAGUGGGAUGCAGCGUUUCAACCCAAACAUUUCUUGGCAGCCUAUCCCUGUCCACACUGUGCCUGUCGCUGAGGAGAAGCUGCUGAAGUUCCCGUUGGGCCCAUGUCCCCGUUAUGAGCAGCUGCAGAACGAGACCCGGCAGACACCCGAGUAUCAGAAUGAGAGUGUUCAGAAUACACAAUUUCUGGAUAUGGUGGCCAACGAGACAGGGCUCACAGACCUGACGCUGGAAACCGUCUGGAAUGUCUAUGACACACUCUUCUGUGAGCAAACACACGGGCUAAUCCUGCCAGCCUGGGCCUCACCCCAAACCAUGCAGCGUCUGAGGCGGCUAAAGGACUUCAGCUUCCGCUUCCUCUUCGGGAUCUACGAGCAGGCAGAGAAGGCUCGGCUUCAGGGGGGAGUCCUGCUGGCUCAGAUACGGAAGAACCUGACCCUGAUGGCAACCGCCUCCCAACUCCCUAAGCUGCUGGCUUACUCCGCGCAUGACACCACCCUGGUUGCUCUGCAAAUGGCACUGGAUGUCUACAAUGGUGAACAAGCUCCCUACGCCUCCUGCCACAUAUUUGAACUGUACCAGGAUGAUAAUGGGAAUUUCUCAGUGGAGAUGUACUUUCGGAAUGAGAGUAACAAGGUCCCCUGGCCACUGAUCCUGCCUGGCUGCCCUCACCGCUGUCCACUGCAAGACUUCCUUCGCCUCACAGAGCCUGUCGUGCCCAAGGAUUGGGAGCAGGAGUGCCGGCUGGCAAGCAGCCCUGCAGACACAGAGGUGAUCGUGGCCUUGGCUGUAUGUGGCUCCAUCCUCUUCCUUCUCAUAGUGCUGCUCCUCACCGUCCUCUUCCGGAUGCAGGCCCAGCCUCCCGGCUACCGCCACAUCGCAGACGGGGAGGAUCAUGCCUGACAACCACUCAGCCCCCUUCCCUCUGCCUCCUAGGGGAGGUGGGCUGGGCUUUUACUCCUGACUGCUGCUGUUCCCCAGCCCAUGGACAGGAAACCCUGGGUUGGGCCUCCCUCUGAUGACCCCAACCUAAUGAACAAGUGGGACUCGGCUUGGCCCAUGACACCUGUCACUUAGCAUUCAUGUGCCCGAUGUUUACCAAGUACUCAGUUGGACAUUGGCUUUCUCCAAACAGGAUUUGCCUCCUCCCUGCUCCCUAAGGACCUGAAACGUAGACAAGUAUUCAAGUUUCACUCAGGACCUGGGAUAAAAAAACUGAAGGAGUGGGUACUUGAUCUGCUUUGCCCUUUCACCAAGCCUUGCGCUCUUUCUUCCAGCCUGGAAUCUUUGGCAAAUGGCUCGGAGGACACAGUCUUGCCUCUCAGUGCUUAUUUUAGUGGGAAAAAUUGCACAACAUUGGGGAUACAAACAUUGGCCACCAAGGACCCAUAUCACCCAACAGCCAACCAACCAAGUUUUCCUUUGUCUGGCUGAAGUCACCAUUAGAGUCAUACAUAAUGCUUCAGGCAGCUUUGUCACCCCUGCAGCUUGAGCAGGUCGGAAGGGUAUUUGUACUUGGGAGGGAGUGGGGGGAGGGGAAUGGGGAGUGAAUUGUGGUGGAGUCAUGAAAUUAUCCCUCUCAGCUGGGCUGGGGUCUCCAAGGACCUGAGGUAAAUGCAGGUUGCGAGCUGGACAGCUCUUGACUGUGGCCCAGAAUAGGGCUGAGGCAGCUUCCAGAGAAUGAAAGUUUUGGACACUUA